GUCUCCACUGGCUCGCUCGGUGCUGAAGUUGGGCGGAUGGACGGAAAACACCUCUGAUGGAGAUAAAACGGCAGCAUGUAAUCUCAACGCGUGAUACCCCCGAUAUCCGCAUAAACACGUGUAACGACACCCUUUUAGAAGAUUGACAUCUAGAACAAAAGGGAUGUCUUAUCCUGGAUCAUUUAGCCCUUGACUCAAGGAAAGGGUGUGCCUGCAAAUACCAGGUGUUUGAAACCUACCUCCACCCACCUCCCGCAUUCUCCAUCAGGCAUGAUAAGAGAAGAUACAAGAGGCCACAUUUUGUUUUCCAGCACUCUGCCUGUCUCAGCGUUUGACAUUACAGUCAUGAUUUUCUUACCUGAUCUUCAGAUGGAUUGCUGCUAAUUUGCAUGCCUCAGAGUGUGAGUGGAGUUGAAAUGAGGAAAAGGCAGCAGGGACGCAUUGAAGGACCCCCGCAGGCGCCUGGUCACCCGAGGCCCAACACCUGCUGUCUGUGUUGGUGUGGAUGCUGCAAAUGCCUCUGGAAUGAAGACAGAAUGGAACGUUCAGAGAGGCAAACAUGUACAAAGAUGGAUAGCAUAGAAGCAACAGAGGAACAGCAUCCCACACUGGAUGAGAUGAUUGCCUGGUCACGGAGCUUUGAGAUGGUGAUGCGCUCUCCAGAGGGGAGGGAUGUUUUCCGGGAGUUCUUGCGGUCUGAGUACAGUGAAGAAAACCUGAUGUUCUGGAUCGCCUGUGAGGAACUAAAGAAAGAAACCAACCCAUUAGCUAUCGAUGAAAAAGCCAGGAUCAUUUAUGAAGACUACGUCUCCAUUCUUUCACCAAAAGAGGUCAGCUUGGAUUCACGGGUGAGGGAAGUCAUCAACCAAAGCCUGGCAGAACCCAGCAGUACGAUGUAUGAGGAGGCCCAGCUUCAGAUCUACACCCUCAUGCACAGAGACUCCUUCCCCCGGUUUCUCAACUCAUCUGUUUACAUGGAUCUCCUUAACAGCAAGAGGGCCUGCUUAGACACCUAGGUUUCAGCAAGAACAUUUGUGACAAAAAAGCCCCAAGGUGCCAUUUUCAAAAGGUGUGAUGUUUCUUAUUUCAAGAGUGAGUAGUUAAGCAAUUCUGAGCACCCUCUAGUGACCCUGAAGUUCAGUUCUGUUUAAGUGCCAAUAUGAGCUGCUCAGGCAACUGUGACACAGAAAAAAAACACAUGUAGGAAAUCUGACAGAUCCAUACUUCCUACUUUAAACUUGCUUGUCUUUUUCAUUCACCUGUUUUGUCUCUUUUGACUCCUCAAAUCUCCUCUCUCUUCCUGUUUACAUCACCUGUUCUCUUUCUCUCUCUGUGUUCUUUCUACCCGAUCCUUUCCAUCUUUUAAUGCCUCUCAUAUCUGAGGACAGCUGAAUAAUGUUAUUAGUAUUUUUUUUAAAGAAAAUCAAAAAACAACGGAUAAGCGGUAGAUGUUAAGCUAGAAAACCUUUGCAUGAUACAAGGUUAUGGAAUUUACUCCAGUUUGACAUUUAAGCCCCGGUCUACAAUGUUUUUUUUUUUUUUUUUCAAUGCUGUCAUGGGGAGAGAACAUUGUAAAGCUCUCGUAAGCGAAGGGAAAAUUAGCUGUGCCAAUUGUUUUGUAAAAGAGAAGCUGGGAAGCGUAACCGCCGUCCAAACUCUUUCUUUGCGUGUCGACAGUUCUUUAACUGGGAAACAUAAGGGCUAGCUAGUGUUGUGAUUGGGCAGCUAAAUGAAUCAUGAACAUUUCUUUCUCUCUGCAAAAAUCACAAUGCCUCGACACUUGAGUAAGGGCACAAAAGCUGCUGAUGCUGGUGACGACACAGUUUAUUGUGUGAGUCCUCCUAGCCCCUCCCAGUCCGUUACUAACAGAGAGAAGCACAGGUACUGUAUGUCAUGGGCUGUAAGCUUCGUCGGAUUGAGCGAGAAUUGCUUGAAAAUCACUCACCAACGUUCUGGAGGUUCUUAAAAGAGCUUCGAAUUGUCUUACACAUUAAAGAAAUGUAUUUUAUUAAACAAAAGUGUAGUGAACACUAUGCCUUGUUUUUGAGAGUUACACUAGGUCUAUUUAAAAUAACUGUGAUCGCCGAGACCUGCUCGAUGAGGUGGAAACUUUUCUCUGCCUCCGAGUCCAAAUGUUGGUUUUUGCGACUUGAAACGAGGAGCGGUCAUUUUCACAGCUCGGAAAACCGCAGGUUAUCGA